CUCCACAGUAAGACGAAUUGAUAAUUUUAUAUGUGCAUUUUUUACCUACUAGUCAACAAGAAAAUUAUAAACAAAUAUAAAACGAUACAGAAUAGCUAUAAAAAGCAUAUAAACCAAAAAGUUAAUUUAUUUUCUUAUUCAUGAGCAACCGAAGUGCAAGUAAAGUGGAAUUCGUGAAAGAAAACAGAAACUAUAAACGUUCGUUGGUUUUAGAAGAUUACUACUCAUUGCUCGUCGGCAAGCGAUUAUCAAUAAAUGAAUAAUAAAUUUACGCUUAUGCUGACUUGAUAUUAGUCAUAAACACAUAAAUAACGUACAUAAGAGCACGUAUUUCAGUGGAAAUAUUUACAGCAAAGCAAGCAGUAAACCAGUAUUUAAUUACAACACGUUCCAAUAACUAUUUAGCGAUAAUAAGUGAAAGAAAAUGUCCCACGAUGCAUUGAAUAUAGAGGGAGUUAAGCAGGAACCGGCUCUGUUAAAAAAACAUGCAAAAUUUUUCGUUAGAUUUUUGAAUUUAUUACCAGCUCGUCUGGCUUCACAUGACUCCACCAGAGGCACCAUUGCAUUCUUCGCAGUGUGCGGAUUGGAUGUACUUAAUUCGCUACCACUACUGACAAAAGAAAUGCAAAAGGAUGUCAUUGAAUGGAUUUACGGUGGCCUUGUGACUUCAAAUCCGGAAAAACAGCAAAAUUGCAGCGGCUUUCAGGGUUCACGUUGCGUGAAUAUCAUUUCCGAUGACGAGCAAUUGCAGGCCAAUGCCAGAAACUAUCAGUGGGGGCACCUUGCGAUGACAUAUACCGGUAUUGGCAUAUUAGCUACUCUUGGUGAUGAUUUGAGCCGCAUAGACCGAAAAAGCAUUGUCGAUGGUGUCGCCGCGGUACAGCGUCCAGAUGGUAGUUUCAGCGCUUGCGUCGACGGCAGUGAAAACGACAUGCGCUUCGUUUUUUGUGCCGCUGCCAUAUGUCACAUGCUCGACUAUUGGGGCGAUGUAGAUAAGGAGAAAAUGUUUGAGUUCAUAACCAGCUGUAUACGUUAUGAUAACGGCUUCAGCCAGUAUUUAGAGGGUGAAGCGCACGGUGGUACUACAUUUUGUGCUUUGGCUGCGCUUGAGCUGAGCGGCCAAUUACAUCGAUUGGAUGUAACAACGAUAGAAAACAUAAAACGCUGGUUGAUUUUCAGACAGGUAAAUGGUUUCCAAGGUCGUCCAAAUAAAGCAGUAGACACAUGCUAUUCAUUUUGGAUAGGUGCAGCGCUGCGCAUAUUGGGUGCCUUUGAGUUAAUAGAUUACGAAGAGAAUCGUGCUUACAUUAUGGAGACACAAGACAGCAUUGUCGGUGGUUUUUCGAAAUGGCCACAAUCCACAACAGAUCCUUUUCAUACAUAUUUCGGUCUGUGUGGGCUUUCGUUCAUGAAUGAGCCUGGUCUAUCAGCAGUUAUGCCCAGUUUGAAUAUAUCAAUGCGCGCUUACAAUCGUCUGCAACAAUUACAUGCACAGUGGCAAGUGGAGAGUACAGAUGAUCGAUUUGUUAGCAACAACAAGUCAGCGUCGUCAAAACUUAACAGUGAUGAAAAUUCAACGUCCGUUACCUCGCCGCUUAUAGAAGCACAAUAAGGAGCAUUUCUUUUACAAAAAACUAUACAUUAAGCGGGAAUGAUUUUUAUACAAAGUGAGCAAUGAUUGGACAUUUGACUAUUCGUGCCGAAAUAUUUUGCAGUUAAUUUUUAACAAAAAGAGUUAUAUAUUUUGCAUACCUUUUAUUAUCAUAUGCAUAUUCCAUUCUAUUGUGACUGCUCGUUUUUUUUACCCUGCAAUAAUUUUUAUGCAAUUUCACGGCUUGCAUAUCCUGCCUUAACUAUCAAUAUGAAAUUCUCAGCUUUAAAAAAAGUGUACAUAAUUUUUUAAGUCAAAUAGUCCAAUCAUAUCGUGAGUGUACGAGAAACUAUUGUGAAUUAAAACAUAAGCACAACUAUUUUUUUAAUAGUAUUUAAUUAUAUUGAUCGGUAUUGUAAAUAAACUAAUACAAUUAAAGCUAG